AUGCACUGUGAGCUCGCAGGGGGUCAGAACGUCAGCGCCGAUCCGGCCCGCUUCGAGGUGACCGAGAAAUGCCAGGGAUCAACUCUGAAGGAACUGCCGCGGGUGACUCGUCCUAGCACUGGUAGAGCUCUCUUGAAUCCUCAGAUGUCCUUUAAAAUAACUGUCAGCAACGGCAGUGACCACCCGGAGCCUGAGCAGAGCCCCCCUGAAAUGUCAGCGCCUCUGCUAGAUUUCAUCCCCAAAAGACCCAGCAUAUUUGAGAGGAUCCCAAUUCUGCCGAGGGCGCAGGAGCUGCGAUGCACUAGGGGCUCUAAAGAUUAUUUCCAGCAGCAGAAACAUCAAAGCGUGAAGGUGAAUGGUGGCUACAAUCAUUGUAAUUCGAUCUCUGAGAAGAAGAACGUGAUGGACAUGGAUAUGACAAGCAGCACAGUACCUGUCUGCAGACAAGGUUUGUUCAUCCACACAGGAAACUCACUUGUGCGAGACCACCCACUGUCCUGUGAGAGACUGCUUCACGUUGGUCAGCUGAACUUGACACACUCGGAUAUAAGGUCACCCAGGUUCCAAGACUCAGUAGAUUCUGCUGCUCCAUGCCUGAAUGGAAGUCACCCGGCUCAGCACAUUAAACAAGAAUGCCCGAGUGAUUAUAAGGUUCUGUCUGAGGCUUCCACGCAUAGGAGGAUUACGGAGGGAGUGGAGCUGAGAGCCUCCAGUAGUCUGCAUCCUGAAAUAGACCUAAUGAAUAAUAGCUUUACAAAUUCACUUUCAUCCUACUUGUUUAAUAAUGAACAUAGCUCCUCCCUGGGUCCUUUGUCACUUGGCACCCCUCAGCACUCAGCCAGGCUACAAACAAGCAACCUGAAGAAGAGAUGCAUCUCUGUUGUGCCGUCUUCAGCUGAAGGAAUUGAUAUUACAGCUAUCAUCCGCACAUCACAGACGUCACUGGUUACCUGUGUGAAUGGACUGCGAACUAAUUCAGCUGGCAUUUCCUCUCAUCCUGUGGAGAUCAGUCAUCACAGUGCUCAAAAAUCCUCUCGGCCCCAGUCUUGCUCUCAGGCUGGAAACCCUUGCAGUAUUCCCUCCCCUCCAGCAUGUCUUGUACCUAUUUCUGCUGAAUGUGACAGAGGUGACUGUGAGCAGAUACAAAUGCAGCAAGUCGAGGAGAAUGGAAGCCUCAGCCUUAUGAUGAAUGGUACUAGUAUUCCUCAUCAAAACACCUCACACAGCACCCAGAAGGUGAGUUUCUUAAAACAAGAACCGGCUGAUGAUUAUUCCUCCACUGCUGAUCUUUUUCGACAUCAUCAGGGGCUGCCUCCCCCUUAUCAUCUACACCAGCAACUAAGCCAGGCUCAAGGGACACUGCCUCACUUACACGCCUCUGUGUCUCCAAAGUCCCUUCAGCCCAGCGACGGUGAUGAACAGGACCUCAGCAACGGCAAACAGGUCUGUCAGUGGAUUGACUGCAGUGCCACUUAUGACCAACAAGACGAACUGGUCAGACACAUAGAAAAGACUCACAUUGACCAGCGGAAAGGAGAGGACUUCACUUGCUUCUGGGCAGGUUGUGUCCGCCGAUAUAAACCCUUCAAUGCUCGUUACAAACUGCUGAUUCAUAUGAGAGUUCAUUCCGGAGAAAAACCAAACAAGUGCAUGUUUGAAGGGUGCAACAAGGCAUUUUCUAGGCUUGAGAACCUUAAGAUUCACCUCCGGAGUCAUACUGGGGAGAAGCCAUACCUGUGUCAGCAUCCUGGCUGCCAGAAAGCUUUCAGCAACUCCAGUGACCGGGCAAAGCAUCAGCGAACACACCUGGAUACUAAACCUUAUGCCUGUCAGAUUCCUGGCUGCUCCAAACGCUACACCGACCCCAGCUCUCUGCGCAAGCAUGUGAAAGCUCAUUCAGCCAAGGAACAACAGGUGCGUAAGAAGCUAAAUUCAUGUACUGAUAUCGAACAAGAUGUACUAAGUGAAUGCUUAGCUAUACAACAACUCCACACAUCUUCACAACACAUUUUGGAUGGGAAAUGUGGUAGAUCUGUAGGUCAUCAUGAUUUAAUUACAGGCAUGUACAGUGGUUCCAGCGCUAACCAUAACGGUCCCUCACCGGGUAUAUUGCCGCCACCUCAUGACAUCUCUUCAAGACACCAUCCACUCGACUCUACCCUUUCCAGUCCACAUCACCAUCAGUCACCGUUGGAGAGCACCAGGGAAGGACUCGUGCCUGUGGCGGAGUCAUGGCCACAGGAGGCAUUGGGCGUGCUGAUGCAGAUGGAAGUUGAUGAAUACGAAGUUUUCUGUAGCAGAGAAGCAGUGAGUGCAAACAGGAGGAACGGAGACAGACAGUCCAAAGCGAAG